CAGUGGUGGUAGGACGUCACUGCGGGCACCGGUGGACAGCAGGAGGCCUGUUCGGGUGCAGUCGGUGUGCUUGGAGUUCCGGAGGGAGUCCCGCUGGGUCCGCAGAGACGCCCGGCUAUAGCUGCGGGGUGGCGUCGACUGGCUCCCGCACAGCCUGGCUCCCUGGCGGCCGACGAUGAGUUUGACCCCUUCGAGGGGAUGCCUCCUGGACCUGCCCUGGGAGGACAUCUUGGUCCCACAUAUUCUCUGUCAUCUGCCGCUGCAGCAGCUCCUGGGCCUGCAGAGGGUCAGCAAGGCGUUCCAGGCUCUUGUCCAGCUGUACCUGGCCAACAUGCGAUGCUUUGACUCCAGCCAGAUUGGCUCGGCCGUCCCUAGAGAUGCUUUCCUCAACCUGCUGAAGGACAACAAAGUGCUGCAGCAGCUGGCGCUCCAGAACUGCUCUGACUGGCUGACGGAUGGGGAGCUGCUCCCAGUCAUCAUGCAGAACCACCACCUGCACCACAUUCAGCUGAAGGGCUGUGCCCAGCUCAGCUGCCACGCACUGAUGGUCAUCUCGCUGAACUGCCCCAACCUGCGGCGGCUCUCCCUGGCUCACUGUGAGUGGGUGGACAGCCUGUCCUUGCGCAGCCUGGCCGACCACUGCAAGGCGCUGGAAGCUGUGGAUCUGACGGCCUGCCGGCAGCUGAAGGAUGAGGCCAUCUGCUACCUGGUGCAGAAGUGCAGCAGGCUCAAGUCUCUCUCUCUAGCUGUCAAUGCCAACGUAGGCGAUGUGGCAGUAGAGGAGACUGCCAAGUGCUGUCCUGAGCUGGAACACCUGGACCUCACGGGGUGUCUGCGAGUCAAGAAUGACUCUAUAAGGGUUCUGGCUGAGUACUGUCCCAAGCUGCGCUCGCUGAAGGUGAAGCAUUGCCACAAUGUGGCUGAGUCCAGCCUGAGCGUUCUCCGAAACCGUGGAGUGGAGCUGGAUGUGGAGCCUCUGCCGCAGACGGCUCUUGUUCUCCUGCAGGACAUGGCUGGCUUUGCCCCUUUCAUUAACCUCCAGAUCUAGAACUGCUGCUGCUAUUGGGGGGGGAGGGGGAGGGGGCAACAUGUCACUGAGAUCCCUGGUGGACGCUGGAACUGGUUCCUGCUGAGAUGUGCAGAGGGAGAAGUCGAUCCUGUUGGUGAGGCUGGCCCAAAAGGGGCUCACUCUUCUCUCUGGGGCUAUUUAACAGCCACUGCACAUUUGUGAGUGAGCUCUGUGUGUGCCUCCUGGAGAAGAAACUCCCUCCGAAGCAGAAUGAAGACAGUGAGGAACUUGCAGGAAUACCAUAGUGCUGAACAGACCAGCUAAUACACAGGAUUUAUUAUUUGUCAUAUUUUAAAUUUCAAAGUUGCAGUUCUCCAAAGAGCAGGAGAAUGUUUGAGGACCGUGGACUGUCACCUUCUGAGGAACUUGUGUAGGACACGCCAGCACUGCUGUUGAGAACAAUCCACGCUGGCUGGAGUAGUAAGGAGGAAAACUGGCAGCCCUCAUUCUGGCAGGUGAGCUCUGGGAGGAAGGUAGUAUGAGCCCAGCGUACAUGUGCAGACCUAGCACCCUGCCAUAGGCACUGGGUUAGCACAAGACAGUAGUUGUUUUCUAGGGGAAUAUGCUUCUAACUGCAAUUCCAGUAGAGGAAAAGCACCAAACCUCAUUGUGCUAUUGCUGAGAGCAGUUGGUUCUUGCUAUUUGUUUCUUCCAGAUUAUGAUUUACAUCUCUGUGGUACCCAGACCUGCUCCUACAUCCUGCUCCAUGUUGCACAGCUGUAGGCUUGCUAUAUAAUAGCGGCUAGAAAUGGCAAUUGCCAAAUGGCCUGGCCAUACUGUCAGCUGGAGUUCAUGGAGUGCUGCAGGUCGCGUUGGCAGGGAGAGCCCAGCUCUUGUUUAGAGUCUAGCCUCAUCAUCUGCAUCUAAUAAGUGGUCAAUCAAAGAGUAGCUACUUGUAGUAAGCAAGAUGAAGGUAGUGAUUAGGAGACGACCCUGCUCCUUGAAGAGGGAUCAGAGGCAGGGUCUGUAAAGCAUGUGCAUGCUUCAGAUGAAAUACACACCAACUCACAUCACCUUUAUUAACACUUGCACUCAAAGCAACAGUGCACAGAGAUUUCUAAAAAGCUUGCUGCUAAACCACAAGCUACAUUUUUAGAUCUAAAGUCCCAUGCAAGGAAUAGCAGAGAACGCCCAACAACCAUUAUGGAGUGCCCCAGGGGCAGAAGCGCAGCUACACAAGGAGAGGAGACUUGACCGUAUCAGCUAGGUUAGUUCAGGAAGCUGAAAGCAGUGUCCUGGCUCCUAGGUUAGUUCCAGUUAGUGUUGGGUAGGGGAGUCCCUUCAUCCCCAGUGCUGCAUGUCCAUCCUCCACACCUGGCCAGUGAGGUGGAGGCUGAAGAGCAGGAGGACACGGCUGUCAGUGGAACUUGUACUUCCUGGCUGGUUUGAGGCUGAUGUAAGUUUUCUUCAUCUCCUCACUUUCUGGCUUCUUUAUGUCUUUGUACCUCUCUCCCUUCGUACUCACCACCUGGUUAUCGAUGUAGCGGAUCAGCUUCUUGGGAGCCUGGAAAGACAUAAACAUCACAUAAGGGCGACAAGCGUAAGCUUGUGCUUGGUGAAUAAGGGAAAAGACUAGGUUGGGAUGAGUACCUGUCCUUUAUGUUGGGAGUCUUAGCUAAAAAUGGGAAGAAAGCAGUCUGAGGAGGGGGCAGAGGGGAAAAGCUGGAGGGAGCAGUGCUAGUCAGGAGUGCCAGAUAGUCACAGACCCUGCAGUAGCACCUCUUAGCUGACUAGUUCUCCUUUGAGACUACUGCUGCAAAUUCCCUUGUGUGUUAUGCUGCUAUUUAGAUGUGCAGCCUGCUCUUUAAACCUUGCAGCCAAAGGCAUUCAAACUCCCGGUGAGCUGGAACUGCACUAUUCUCACCUCUUUCGGUGGAGCGGGUCGAUGUGUUUUCUGAUCUUCUGCACUAUCCACCAUCAUAUAUCUGAAACACAAGAUGCAGUAAGUGAACACUGCAACAUGCAUUGCCUAGCGCUAUUCACAGCCUUUAUCUCUAAUUUCCUGUCUGGUUUGGGGCUGUGCAAUGUGUCCUACUUGCGUAGACUGCAGUUAGGAGCACUUAAGAUUCCCUACUGAAUGAAAUAGGUAAGAAGAGUGUCACCCUUCUGAUGAGAAUUCAGGAGAAUUCUCAUGGAAUAGCUGGCCGUAUGAAUGGUAUCAAAACCUUAGGCUGUUGAGAAAGCAGAUAGCUUCCUUAAAACUGAGGGAGGUGCUGAGGUCGGCAUGCUUUGCCAUUAGGACAACUUUGCUCCUUUUCACUUGGUGUGAUGGCAGCCAAAGGAAGAGGCCACAGGGCCAAAUCUCUUCUGCCUGAAGAGAUGGUAUGCCUUUCACACUCCAUGUGCUACUUGACAAGGAGUCGAGUUUGAGCUGGAAGCAGCUUAACAGAAACAUCAUCUCACUCCCUAUUUAAAAGGAACACCAGAGCCCAAGCAUUUGCUUGCUGUACUGCUGAAUUAGCAUUGAGACUUCAGAGCUGGUCUGUAGGUGGACAGCACAGCUGACCACAACUUCUCCCUCAGUACUUAGCAUAGUUGUUCCUGUGUAUUUUCAGCUAUGGCAGUCUGCUCUUUGUACCUGUGCUUGAGUGAUGUUUAAAGUACAGGAUAUUGCCAAAAUGUCAUUAAAGUUCCUAGGAACUUAACUAUCAGCUGGUGUUGGCUUUUUUUAUUUUGUUCCCAUACAUUUUAUUGUGAAGCAAGCCUGCAAUGGAAACAGGCACAGACGGGGAUUGUUAAUUUUAUCUGGAUGGCAUUCUGCUUUGCUUUUGCUUUCCUAUACCAUCAGUUAUUUACAUCCUCAAGGAGUAAAAUGGUGGAAAAUAUGAUUGGAUAGAUGCAUUGAAUUUGUGUGCCCACAGGAGGAUAUUCAUGAAAGCUGAGAUCUUAAAGUGGAUCGAUUAAACCACACUGUGGGUUGUCUAUUGAGAAUUAAAUGUGUUCGGAAAUGAAUAAAGGUAAACCAAUGUAAAGCCACCUUCAUUCCCUAGAAGUCCAUAGGGAGACUUCAGAGAGGUUUCCUUAAAUGCACUGAACUUGCACCUUCAGCAACUAAGAUUUGAUCUCUGUUGCUGUACAGUCUCUUAAAGAUAUCUUUAGACUUAUUUGGACUGUCUCCAAGGCUAGAGGUAUGAACGAGCUGCUGUAGUUCUUACAAGGCACCAUGUGUUACCUGAGCUGCAGUAUGAUGUUUGUGCCUUGAACCUUUAACUGGGACCUCAGAUGACAACACUGUGAUUUACAGUAUACCUGUAAUAGACUGAAGCCUCACAUAACCAGUGUUUUGACCCCACUGAUGGAACUAAGCUGUGUGCCAGAGCUGUAAAAAGAAAACCUAUUCUGCUUUCCUGUCUAAUCAUUAUACUUGUGCUUGAAUGUGUUUCAGAUAUACCCAGAUAAGCUUCACACAGCAUCCUUUUCAAACAUCAUACAGUCCAAGAUCUUCAUAGACCAUGUUGUUAUUCUGCCACCAUACCUUUUCACAAACUGCUAACUCCUUCACUAUCCAAAUUCUUCUUUUCUGAGUACUUACUUCUGUAAGAUAACCUGCUUUAGUUCCUCAUGGUUGGGUGCUCUGCGGGGCCGCACCAGCUCCUGUGAAGAAACAGAGCAGGUGUUUGAGAAGCAGAACAUAGAGGGUGCACAGCUGCCCUGCUUGCUCAGCUAAGCCCAGCUACUGAUGCAGUACUACCAGCUCAUGGGGGAAGUGAGGUGCCAGACACAGCUCCUCUGGGCUGCUGGCUUGGUGUAGGCACAGCCUGUGCUUGGAGAGCUGAGGGAGAGGGGGGCAUCGUUCUGGAUCUUUCUGGUAUAUUGCUGGAAGUGUAGAAAGCUCCUGCACUCACUUCCUAUUCCAGCUGGAAUAUAUGUAUUUAAGCUCUGCUCAAUGACCUGGUGCCACCCAGCUCAGAGUACAGUACCUUCACACUUGCACCUGCUGUGCCGAUUUCCACCUUCUCUUCCACAAUUAACUGCACUGCUUCUUCCAAGUUACCCAGGGCCAUCGCUAGUGCCUUCUCUGCCUGGCUUACAGUACAGGCUGGGAACAUCUCCAGUAGCAGCUCCACACCACCCUUCAAGUCAUCGCCUGCCUAGUUGGAGCAAGAGAGACAGAGAUCUGAUUUUGCAGAGCAAAAGUAUCACUGCAAAGUUGGGAAAUUCAACUUGCUGUUAGCUGAAGGCUCUCUCUCUCUCAUUAUAAAGGUGAGUAUAAAUUCCUUUCUUGAAGCUAAAAGGACACUGUAUCCACAAGGAGAACGCAGCCCUUAAUCUAUUCUCCCUGUAUUUCAGUCCUCUUUGAAACAAGCUUUCUGUGGCCCGGUUCAUCUGUGUGGUUCUGCUAUUUAUCUCCUUAGGAAUAAAUUUUCUGGGCACUGUGGCUCAAAUGCUUGAACUCCUUCCCUUGCAAGGUUCUCUCUGAUCACAAAGGGAUGACACUCCUAAGCACAGGGACCUCUGGCUACAUCAGAAGGAAGCACAGCAACAGCAUUUCCUAGAAAGGCAUGGACAAAAUGAUUGAACUGCAGAGCAGUAAAACACCAGUACUGAAGAAACAGCAAGCAGAGCUUGAGCCAGGGAUAUAUGCCUCCAUCAUUUCCACAAAGGUGUCCAUGUCGAAGGUUUCCUCAGAGGACUCUGGUGAACCCAGCUCUUCCAGGACACCCGUAAUGUAAGAGAAGAAAACUUCAUCCAUCCCACUGGAGAAAGAGAACACGGCACAACGUACCUGGAAAAAAAAUGUGAGCUUUCUUCCAUCCUUCUCAGACAUUAAAAAACCAGUGGUAAGAUUCUGAAUUUCAGUGAUGGCAAGAAUACUGUCCUGUGCACGUGGGUUUUUUUCCAAAUUGGAAGCUGAAUCUGCAAGUGCUGGCAAUGACCAAGCCUCCUAAACUUAUACUUGAACAAGUCCAAGCAAAGUAACCUUCCUUUCACAGAAAUAAGAGGUGGAAGAUCAACAUAUAGCAAUAAAAAUGCUUUCUCUACUAUCAA